AUGGCUAACCCAUUCGACGAUGACUACAGGAGCAGUCCGGCGGCAAGCAACAGCAAGUUGAAGAGUUACACGACUCACUCGAACAAUAUUGAGGAUGAGGCGGACUUUUACGAAAAAGAGAUUGAGAAGUACAUGCAAGAGUCUCUCGAUAGCACAGAGAGGUCAAGGCGUCAUUUGGAGAAUUCGGAGAAAAUCGGAGCUCAGACCGCUCAAGACUUACUCGAACAGCGUGAAAAACUGGAAAGAACAGAACGCAAUCUUGAUGAGAUACAUAGAACUACCCAGAUUACCCAACGGUAA